AUGGCCGCCCAUCCCCCUCCCGGCCCCUGCACCAUGAACGCAAGACCCCCUAAUGAUUCGAUGUCCACAGACAUCGAGAUUGAAAAUCUAUUCCAAAAUUUUAACGGUGACGUUGUAAAGUCUCCAGAUUCGGCUCGAGAUGAGGAUUUAUCCCAGCCCCUUACCGAGAUUGUGCCGGAGAAAGAUCUGCCACGAGUAGUCGCAGAAGAUACCAAUCGUCCAUCAUCUGCAUCUUCUGCAGACUCAGAACUGGCUAUAAUUCAACACAGGCUUAUUGAAAUCGCAGAUGACUUGACAUCCCUCGACUCCCCCGACUCUUGGUCGUCUGCUAGAUCAAACGAAAAUACCCCAUCCCACACGAGCACACAGGACCAAGAGAGAAGAAACCUGGAUUUGAUGGUACCAAUGGAUAAAGACAAUGAUAUCCCCCCAUCACGAGGCUUCAAUGUCUCAGGCAAAUCUCAUGGACAAGUCUCAAUUACAGAGAGAGAUGAGAAUCCACGGGAUCUCGUUUUGUCACCUCCGCAAACUCGUAAACGCCCUCGAACUUCAGCCAAUGCUGGUGCAUCUACAAGUGGAAUUCCUGAAUCUAAACUUCGAAAAAUUACUCCCUCUCCAGAUUCUACAGGCUCCUCCCCACCGACCAACCCGGACAAGAUAGAUAUACGCCAGAUCUUCGCACUCUCUGGAAGUGACGAUGACUUCGCUGAGAUAGAACGUGAACAGCAGGAGGCUGAGAAGUGGCUUAGAAGGAAGAGGGAGCAAGAACGUGAGGAUGAGGAAUAUGCUAGGAAAUUGCAGCAGAUGUGGAAUGAAUCUCCCAAUCCCAGCAGGUUCGAUUCUCCAAGUAGCAGCACAUCACAACUGGGAUCCACGUUAAUUCAUUCCCCAUUUGGGUCUACCGCCAUUGGAGGAAACCUAUCCAGAGAUGGAACUUCAGCCGAUAAAUCUGUUUUCAGCAAAGCAGGAUUCCUUCCCGUACAUGAGAACAAACCUGCACAGUCAUCUAAGCUUAACAACGAUUAUGUCGAAAUAAGCAGUGACAGCGACAUCGAAGAGAUUCUCCCAGGAUCCAAUCAUAUUCAUGCGGGGCGUUCAACUCCAUAUAAUCGAAUUCAGCAACCCACACGUACAAGUGCGAGGGGACUCUGGCCGAAGCCAAUUACAAGAGAAGCAACAUCUUUUAACUUCUCUACUUCCUGUAAUAAACCCAAAACUCAAGGUGAGGGUUUGGGAUAUCCAUCCCUCGACAAUCUAAUGGGAUUACCAAAUUCGUUCCUUUUCGGAAAAUCGCCCUACGAUCUUUUACCCAACAGUCGCCUGAAUGGAUAUGAUGCCAGAAACCAUACACCAAGUUCACGUUUAAAUGGAUAUUCAAACUCUUACAACGAUGAUUGUGCGUUGAAUGACGAAAUUGCCAACUUGAUUUCCAGAACUGCCUGGGAGUUUGAGACAUCUGGCAUGAGUGUAAGUAACAUGAAUUCAAGGCUUUACGAUCAGAUAACGCCCAAAACUACAAUGGACGAAUUGAAAAAGCUCUUGGAGAAUAUUCGACCCGACCAGGACCUUGAUAUAAAUCGAGAAGGCACGCCGGCAGCCCUACAAUGCACGUUGAUGGAACAUCAGAAGCUUGGUUUAACGUGGAUGAAAUCCAUGGAAGAAGGUUCUAAUAAAGGUGGCAUUUUGGCCGAUGACAUGGGCCUGGGGAAAACCAUACAGGCAUUGGCACUCAUGGUUUCUCGACCUUCAGAGAGACCGGAAUGGAAAACGAAUCUCAUAAUUGCGCCUGUUGCCCUAGUUCAACAAUGGAAACGUGAAAUCGAACGGAUGAUCAAACCAAGACAUCAACUAAAAGUAUUUGUCCUGCAUAACGGCAAACGUAACGUGCCGUACAGCACUCUGAAAACGUACGAUGUUGUCCUGACCACUUAUGGGACUCUAGCGGCAGAGUUUAAAAGAAAGGAGUUUGCGGACAGGAUUAAAAUCGAUAAUCCACAUACUUACCAAAAUCUCCCUGAUGAUGCGAUUAAUUUGCCCCUUCUUGGGGAAGAGUCUAAGUGGUAUCGUGUGAUUCUUGACGAGGCGCAAUGCAUCAAAAACAAAGACACCAAGUCCGCCCGGGCGUGCUCCCAAUUGCACUCGAUAUACAGGUGGUGUAUGAGUGGCACCCCUAUGAUGAACAAUGUGUUGGAGCUUUUCUCUCUGAUUAAAUUUUUGAGAAUCAAACCGUACCAUAAUAUCGAAACUUUUAAUACUAUAUUUGCGAGGCCCUUGAAAAGUGGGGUUGAACAUCUUCAGAAUCGGGCCAUGGAGAAGCUUCAAGCCCUGUUGAAAGCUAUACUUUUACGUCGGACUAAAAGAUCGAAGAUCGAUGGCAAGCAGAUUCUGCAGCUGCCCCCGCGGACCACUGAGAAGACAUAUGCUGUUUUCAGCGAAGACGAACAGGCACUUUACAGAGCCCUGGAAUCCCAAACCCAGCUUCAGUUUAACAGAUAUCUUCGCGCGAAUACAGUUGGCCGUAAUUAUUCAAACGUUCUCGUUUUGCUACUGCGGCUGCGACAGGCAUGUUGUCAUCCUCACUUGAUGACUGAUUUUGGAAUCGAUUUCAAUGGCCCCGACACCGAAGGAAUUGAUAUGGUUGCAAAUGCGAAGGAAUUUCCGCCAAAUGUUGUCGCACGUCUUAAGGAGAACGAAACCUCGGAGUGCCCCGUGUGCAUCGAUGUGGUGGAAAAUGCAGUUAUCUUUUUUCCAUGUGGCCAUAGUACCUGUGCUGAGUGUUUUGCUAGAAUAUCUGAUCCUUCUCAAAGGCUGAUGCAAGGAGACGAGGGCUCCCUUAUCAUUAAGUGCCCUAGUUGCCGUGGAAUGGUCAACACGAAAAAGGUCACUGAUUAUAUCUCUUUUAAGAAAGUCUUUUACUCAGAGCCCGAGGAGGCAGCUGUAGAGGACGGCCAAGAUGCUGAAGAUGCUGAGGCAGAUACUGACAGUCUGGCUGACUUUCUGGCUGACGAUGAUGCCGAUGAUUCAAACCCUCCCCCCGGAAAACCAAAAGACCAUAAACAGGAUCGAAAGGGCAAGGGCAAGGCUAUUGAAAAAGCCAGAAAGUCACUCCCACAGCUGAAAAAAGAUGCCACGAAAAGCGCCGAAGGGAAACGGGAGUAUCUUCGUCACCUGACCGAAAAUUGGGAGACGAGCGCUAAGAUCGAGAAAACAAUGGAGAUUCUCCAUGAUAUUCAAUCCCGCAUUCCGACUGGCGAUGACAAGCCCGAGAAAACCAUUAUAUUCAGCCAGUUCACGUCCCUGCUUGACCUUCUCGAAGUUCCUAUCCUGCGAAAAGGAUGGGGCUAUCGCCGAUAUGACGGCAGCAUGAACCCUAACCAGCGAAACGAAGCCGUCAUGAAGUUCACGGAUAGCAAAGACUGUACAAUCAUGCUUGUGUCCCUCAAGGCGGGUAAUGCAGGUCUAAACCUUGUGGCCGCUUCGCAGGUUAUUAUCUUUGACCCCUUCUGGAACCCGUACAUUGAGGAGCAGGCGAUUGAUCGGGCUCAUCGCAUUGGCCAGGUGCGGCCGGUUGUAGUUCAUCGAAUUCUUGUCAAGAAUACGGUUGAAGAUCGUAUACUUGACCUGCAGGAAAAGAAGCGGACUUUGAUUGAAGGGGCGCUGGAUGAGGGUGCUAGUCAGAGAAUUGGACGCCUAGGAACACGCGAGCUUGCGUUUCUUUUUGUAGGUUUCUUUUCUUCUGUUUUUCUUAUGUUAUCUCCUUGGGCUGGAUUUUGA